AUGCCUGUAGUUUUGUAUCCCGUGCUGAGGAGUAUUUUGGAACACAUGGAAGCUAAUUGCAGAUUCUCCCUAUCUGGACGAUGCCCCGAAAUAUCCAGAGUUGAAAAAAGUGUUCCGUUGCGUGUGAAAACAAUAUUGUUCUCGGAUAAUACUUUCUCAAUUAAUAACAUUAAAUACAAAGUUUUCUUCGAAAUACCAAGAAUGAGGAUAAUGUACACACUGUUGCCUAUUAGAAUGCCAAACCAUCCGCUUACUAUGAGAAUAUAUCACUUCAACACAAAAGUUUUUGCUGAGAAAAAGUUUUCGAGGAAUUACGGAAUUGAAGAAGCUCUUAGAAAAGUUAUGGAAUACUUUUUUGGAGGAAGAAGCAAUAUUCAUGUCCAGUGCGUCACAGUUUUCGAUAAUGGACUUUCCAAUUUGAAAGUCAGUGUACUAGAAAAUUCGGUCUUUGGUGUGCCAAUAUUUCAUCCAAUUGUUCAGAGGAGUCCUCUGAAAGAGUUACAUAUCGAUGUAUGUCAUCCCAAUGAUUUUGAAAAUCCCCUCGUCCGGACAGCUGAAAAAAUUAUAAUAAUGGAUUAUGAUUACGAGGAGCCGGAUAAUUGGUUGGAAACGCAUAGAGACUUGCCCAAUAAAGAAGUGAUAAUCCGUACAUAUGAACACGGUUUCACCAACAUCAAAAUUUUGGACCUGAUUGAAUAUUGGAGGAAAACUCGUAGAGCUAUUGAAUCAAGUUUUUCUAUUCUUAAAUCAGAUAGAGACUCCAUCGAAAAAUUAAUGGAAAAUAUUAAGGAAAGAUUUCAAGGAACUUGUGAGGAAGUGAAGGUGACCAAUACGAAGACAUUCUUCGAUAUCAAUGCUGUUUCAAUACAAAUCGAUUCGGAAUCAAAAAUUGUGGUCUAUGGAGGCAAAACUUAUUACUGGUCUGAAGUGGUCUCGAAAGUUGUGAUCAAAGUUAUGGCUGUUGGAUCGUCUGCAGAAAUUCAGAAGGAGGAAACUGAGCCAUUGGAGGAGCCAAAGAUAGUUCCUAGAAAGCCUUUUAAUUACUUUGCAAUUGUGAUUCCCUUGUUGACCUUAUUGAUCGCAUAUUUUUUCUGGUUACAUUUAUUUCUCGAACAUAUUCAUCAUUUGACUCCAUCAGAUUAA